UUUAGUAUACAGGUAUUGAUAUCACCAGUGCCUCACUCCCUCCCCAGUCAGUGUGAAACCACUACAAAAAUUACCUGCUCCAGCAAAACAGGGGAACCCCAUAACCCCUAUCUUACCAAUAGAAUUGUAAAAUAAAAGGAAUCGAGUGACAGCAUUGCACAGUCUUGCAUAUUUGCCUGUCCCCCCUGCAUUGCUCUGAUUGUUCUCACUCACUUCCUCAGGCCUGAAAGCUUACAGUGUCAACGACUUCUGGAGGAAAGCCAUGCCUGACAACUGGGUCAGAAGGGCAAAACAAUACUAUGGGGAGGAUUCAUCUGCGUCGAGCUACAGCGUUACUCCACAACCCUGGAAACAAAAGUAUAAGGGACGGGCCAAUCUGCACGCGUUUGAGGACUGGUGCGGCAAAUCUAUAGCUGAGCUUGGCAAGAACCCGCACUACCCGCUGUAUCCUCACUCCAGAAGUACAGUACUGAAGCUGGCCGUCACUCCUAAGUGGACUAACUAUGGCCUCAGGAUAUUUGGCUAUCUGCAUCCAUAUACUCACGGAGAGUUUGUUUUUGCUUUGAGCUCUCAGGACAACUCUGAGUUGUGGCUAAGCACAGACGAAUCCCCCCUCAAUUUGCAGUUACUGGGAUGGGUUGGAAAGACUGGCACAGAGUGGACCGCCCCUGGCGAGUUUGAGAAAUAUGUUAGUCAGAUAUCCAGACCAGUGAGGCUUUCUGCAGAGAGGAAGUACUUUUUUGAACUCCUCCACAAGCAGGACCAUGAAGGGACGGACCAUGUGGAGGUGGCUUGGCAGCUCCAGGGUGAAGGCUCCAGAUUCACUGCUAUUGACUCCAAGCACAUCUCUCUCUAUGUUGAUGAGUCUGCUAUGGUAGCGGGUGAUGUUGAACACAUACCUCAGACGGCUGCAAGCCACUCCAACACGAAACAGAGCAGCUCUACAGUCGACAUGCUGAGGGAAGACCCACGAGACGUUCUCCUCCAAGUGCCUUUGAUAAACAGCAAGUUCCUACAAGAUGUUUUGCCUGACUGCGAGUACAAACCCAUCAAGGGCCGCCAUCUGGGCCGCCAUCAAGGACUAAAUUAUGUUAAAUUGUCUUACAUCUACCCCGAUGACCAUACCCGACUCACGCACAUGGAAUCUGAGAAAAGCUGCGUGUACCCCCCCGACAUCGUGGAGAGGUCGAGUUUAUCUGGAUACAUGAAACUAGACAGUCCUGACCUGCAGCAACAAGAAAGCAGAGACCGAAAUCAAAGCUUCCUAUCGGAGGGACUGGACAUAAGUGGGAAGGAAAGGAUUGUAAAAAGAUCAUUAAAGCUCCUGCAGGAAAAAAAUAAUGUCAACUGGCACUGGAGACAGACCUUCCAGAUCAUCCACCUGGACUAUCGGGCACAUAAUUCCGAUGCGAUUGAAAUGAAUUGCAAAAUUGCUGGCAGUCUGCUUAUCAACUCAAAUGAUGUUCUGCCAGUGGUCAAGGAUUUCAUGGACAAACUCAACAAAGAACAUAAUGGGCGGUUCACGUUGGUGAAAGUGGUUAAUGUGGUGAAGCGUGUGGACCCAGCCAAAGGAAUCCGCUACCUCCUGGAGCUGCUGCUGAAAGACAUGAAGGGCCAGAUGGUGCGUCUGUCACAAUACGUCUACGCUACGAGUAACCAACCUGAGCUGGUUCUGUGUAACCCAGUGGCCUUCAGCUGGAAUCCACUUGCCACCGUCCACAUCAUAGUUCCAGUGAAAAACCAGGCUCGGUGGGUGCACAAGCUGAUUACUGAAAUGGAGAAAGUGUUCAGAGAAUCUGGAGACACCAACUUCAACCUCAUUGUCACCGACUACGACAGCACUGACAUGGACGUGGAGAAGGCUCUAAAGAAAUCGUCACUCCACAGGUACCAAUAUGUGAAGCUGACUGGAAACUUCCAGCGCUCUGCUGGUCUGCAGGCAGGAAUCGACCUUAUAAAAGAUCCACACAGCAUAGUGUUUCUUUGUGACCUCCACCUCCAAUUCCCUACCUCCAUAAUCGACAGCAUCAGGAAACAUUCUGUGGAGGGACACAUGGCCUUUGCUCCCAUCGUCUUGAGACUGGACUGUGGGGCUACACCACUGGAGGCCAGAGGUUUCUGGGAGGUGCAAGGCUUUGGCCUACUUGGAAUCUAUAAGUCUGAUCUGGAUGCAGUGGGAGGAAUGAACACCAAGGAAUAUACAGACCGCUGGGGAGGAGAAGACUGGGAUCUACUUGACAGGAUCAUUAAGUCCGGCUUGGAAGUGGAUAGGAUCUACUUGAGGAACUUCUUCCACUACUUUCACUCCAAACGUGGCAUGUGGAACGAGUAGCUUUAGAACAAAAAAAGAUCUCCCCAUCCGUCUCAGCACACUGACAUUACCACAGGCUCAACCAGAGUACCUAAAGGACAAAUACUGCUACUACUACAACUAACUGACGGGGAUUAACAUGUAGAUGAUAAAAUUAGGGCUGAAUACUGUCUUUGUUCACUCAAGCUUUGCAGAGCAACAAGAAGAACACUAAGAAGACUCUACUCUGACGACCCAGUGUAUCUGAAUAACAAACUGGCUCACCCCGUCUCUAUUAAUCACAACAGUGGUGGAGGAGCUUCCUCUACCUCAGAGGUCCACUGCAGCUCCUUGAUUUGACUAAUGUUGAGCUGUAAUUGAUUUCUGCCACACAUCCUACAAAACUCCCUACCAGGUCUCUAUACUCGAUGUCCUCUGCGAUGUAGCCGACGAUGGAGGAGUUGCAGAGAACUUUUGUAGAUGGCAUGUUCCUGUAUUGUAUAAGAAGUCAACGGUGUAAUGGUGACAGGAGUGGGGUGUCCCAGGCAACAGUCUGAAGAGCAGUCCUGCAGCCUGACACACUGAGGCCUGUCAGUGAGGUAUUCUGUGAUCCAGGACACAAGGUUCCGGUCCAUCUCCACCACAUAGAGCUCAGGAGCCAGCCUGCCUGGCUAGAAGGUGUCAAACGCACUGGAGAAGUUUAGAACUUCUCCAGUGCUCUGUGACUUCUCCAGGUGUGUGUAUGCUCUGUGAAGCAGGUAGAAAAUGGCAUUAUUGACCUCAAUUUCAGUUGAGUAUGCAAACUGUGAUGCUAUACGAGUUAACCUCUGACUUCUUGUACAGUUCAGUGGUUUCUUCUCUCUGGUAGACAGUUUUCCAUUUUAGGUUGCUUGGACAAAUCUUGGGAGUCA